AUGGACUCAGCGAAGGCCUUCAGAGCCAACAAACCCCUCCGGGUGCGCGCGCCCACCGCCUCGCCUCGAUCCCAGAGGCCGCAAGGGCUGCGAAUGGGGACAGGGCGCCUGAGGGGCGGGUCCCGACGCAGGUGUCAGAUCCCCUCGGCCGGGUUCGACUGGCUGGCUAGCUGCCUCAGCCUCUCGCUCGCCGGCAACCGCCCCCCCGGCCCGCGACCGCGCCGCAGCAGCGCCUGGAGGGCGGGGCCGGGGGUUGCGCGCGGGUCCUCGGCACGCGGGCGGGCGGUGCGCGGCGCUUCGGUCUCAGGGAGCGCGGGGCGGCCCCCGCCGGCGUCGCGCGCGCUGUGUGAGAGCGGGAUCGCGCGCGCGCGCGCGCACGCCAGGCGAGUGAGGGAGUGUGAAGAGAGUGUGAGGGAGUAA